UGUAGAUUAUAUGAACAUGGAAAUAAUGAUUUUUCAGUAAAUCUGUGAGAUUUUGUACUUAUGACUGAAAACAGGCCAAAAUAAUUGACAACAUGGAUAGUCGGGCCCAGCAUUUUGUUGAAUGUGAAAAUUGUGAGAAACCUGGAAAAUACUUUUGCAAUCCCUGUCAAUCAAAACUCUGUGACGAGUGUGUUUCUCCUCACCUUAAACUGAAAUCAGCAAAAGGACACGAAAUAGUGGAGUAUCAUAAACGAAAAGAUGCGAAUAAUUGCUGUGCAGAACAUUCAGAUUUUGAUUGCCAUGUUUUCUGCAAAUCAUGUAAUCUUCCAAUAUGUUUCAUUUGCACUUCAACAAAACAUAAGCCACAUGAUAUGGAAGAACUGUCAGAGGUAUUGAAAGACUUCGGCAGUCGAAUUCAAAACGAAAGCUGGAUAAUGAAUUCAAAAAUAAAACCAACGUAUCGCAAGAUUCUGGCGCAAAUGAAUUCCACUUUGUACAGGGUGCCAUUGCGAUACCAACAAGCCCACGAGGAAGUAGAAAAUACUAGGAAAAUAUGGAAGGAAAAAAUUGAUAGCAUUGCUGAUUCAUUCCAUGAUGAAAUUUCAGAAUUGGAGAAAACGCAAGAAUCCUCAUUGGAGAACCAAAUAGAAGCAUUUUCAAAGCGCCUCGAAAAUCUAGACUCUGUUACUAAAAAUAACGAUUCUCUUCUUGGACUCAAAAUGUUGGAUUUUAAAGAUUAUCACAGAGAGACUGAAGAAAUACCAUGUUUACAUGAAUUUAUCUUUCCAACGCUUUUCACAGGUUUUGUCAAUAACCUACCCAAAAAGAAAGACUUCGGCAAUGUCUCCAGACUUGCCUCCUGUGAGCUACCAGCUUUCGAUCUACAGAUAAAAGAGAAACUUGAUAAAAGAAAAGAAACGGAUAGCUUGACUUUGAUAUGGAGCACUAGCACCGACUUUCCAUCUGAUGACAAGAACAAGCGCCUCUAUGACAUGGCGUAUUUAAGUCAUACUAGAUUUUGGGUGGCAGGAAACAGCAAUGCCCUAUUUCUGCUAGGGCCAGAAAAUCACACAUUUGAUGUAAUGCAGACGCCUUCUAAGGUCAAACAUCUGACAAUUUCCUCAGAUGGAGUCCUGUAUUACAUUAAUGGCAUAAAUAACAUGAUCCAUAGGAUUACAAAUGAAGGAAGUUUUGAAGCUUUUAUUAGUACUGACAUUUGGAAACCUAGGGAUAUUGCGUCAUCUCUAACCGAAGGUAUUUAUGUCAGUUUGUUUAGAAGCGAAAAUUCAAAAGUAGUCCAUUACAAGAAAUCUGGGGAAAUUCAACAAGAAAUUCAGUUUGAUAGCAGCAAACAGCCAAUUUACGCUGAUCCAAAGAAUAUAGCCAUAAACAAGAAUGGUGAUGUUUGCGUAGUAGACUCGGAGAGACUAGUCACGGUGGUAAACUCCAAAGGAGAACGCCGGUUUUCGUACUUUGGAGAUGUGUCAGGAAAGUACAAACAUUUUCGACUAAUGUCAAUUGCAACAGACAAUGCGUGCAACAUUCUCGUGUGUGAUUUGAAAAAUAAUUCGGUCAUUCAUGUCUUGAAUCAAGAUGGCCGAUUCAUCCAAUUCAUUUCAUCCAAUUCUGGUUUCCAUAAGCCAAGCGUGAUCACCGUGACGGAGGACGGUAAUCUAGCCGUAGCGGAGAGUGUAACUGGAGUUGUAAAAGUAUUCAAAUACGAAUACUAGUAGUCAUGCGGAUUGAUUCUAUAUGACGUCCAAAUACAUCUCUAGUUCAAUCGAGAAUAGGUUACUCAGUGCUGUUUGUACCUGUGGCAACAAUAGACUAUUACAGUUGUAACACUGCUUGCAAUAUGAAUUUGACUUUUUUGUUUCAUUGAUUAUCUAGCAUUGCUUGGACCCUUUUUGAAACGAGACAAGGCUCGAUCUUGAGACUUUGUACAAACUUGCCAAUAGAUUACAAAAUCAUUUGUUCUGAAAGAUUUCUUUAGAAUCUAAUAUUAAUAUUCAUUUACACACAAGAACUGCGACAA